AUGUCAUUUUUACUACCUCGGGCUUUUUUUGAUAAUUCAACAAACAUCGAAUCAAGAUUGCCUAAAUCUCCAUUUUGUCAUAUGCGAUUGAAAGAUAUACUGAAAGUUAUCGGUGUACUUUUAGUUCCUUUGAUGUUAGGUCUUGCAACUCUUAUGUUAACUAUUCAAAACACUACAGAUGCAAAGGAAAAUCGUAAAAAAGAUUUAGAUAUUGCACAACGUGAACGUGAACAAACUGGUUAUUUAGCUGAUGAAGAGAGGCAAGACAAUCGUUUAGCAGAAUAUUUAAAUGAUAUAUCUACAUUAAUGUUUUCAAAUCAAACAUUAGAUCCUAUAUUACGUGCAAAAACUAUGAGUGUUCUACGACAAGUAGAUGUGAAACGAAAACGUGAAAUAAUUCUAUUUCUAUAUGAAGCCAAAUUAAUUAGAACUGAUAUCAAUUCUGGAAUUCCAAUUAUUUCAUUAGAAGAUGUAAAUUUAGAUAAUGUUGAUUUUAAUGAUUUACGAUCACCAUAUACACAGCUUACAUCAAAUUUCUAUUAUCAUACACAUAUGGCUUUACGUGGUGUUUCCCUACGAAAUGCAUCGUUUCAAAGACGAACUCUCUAUCGAUCAGAUUUUGCACAAACUGAUUGUACACAUGCAGAUUUUAGUUCAGUAGAUUUAUUGGAUGUUGAUUUUAGUUAUGCAAAAUUAGUUGAAUGUAAUUUUGAAAAUGCACGUUUCGAUUCUACUAAUUUACAGAAUGCUAAUUUAUCACAGUCAAAUAUUACAGAUGAACAGCUGGCUACGGCACUUACAUAUCAAGGUGCAAUCUUACCAAAUGGAACGGUAGCGAAAAAUAAAAAUCUAUUGAUUAAUGAUGAGUGUAUUAAUGAUCGUUGUAAAAAUUUAUCCGGAACAUAUUGGAUAGUUGAAAAUGGAAGUGUGGUAAUGCAACUAUUAAAUGAUAAUUGUUAUUUUGUUUCCUAUGAUUCAAAACUCUCUAGGAUACAUCAAAGAAUUGAUUUACAUGGUUAUCUUCCUUGGAUUCAUAGAAACCGUACUGUAUAUCUCUAUUUAAUUCAAUUAUCAACUAAUGGUACGGAGUUAGAGAAACAAACAAUAUGUCAACAAGCAGAUAAUCGUUUCUGCGAUGAAAAUUCAAAAAUGUGUAUAAAUGGAAUUUGUUCUUUUGACGAUGAACUCGAUACAACAAAUGGAAAAAGUACAUACAGUGUCGACAUCGAAGUUUUAUUUAUAAAAAUUGAAAUGGAUUGUGAAAAUACUGGUUCAGUAUGUUCAUCUAUGAAUAUUGAAGAAAAACGUUCUACUAGUAAACUUGAUGCUAUUCGGAAAAUAGAAACUCAGAUUUCAAAUAAAUAUUUCGUUACAUUUCCAUAUCCUUAUAUGGAUGGUCGCCUUCAUCUUGGUCAUACAUUUCUCAUUAUCAAAAUGCGAGAUUUUGGUUUUCCACCUCAAUCUCCUAUUGAAAGAGAAGAAGAAGAUGAACAAAUUUUAAAAAUAAAUGGUGUAUCAAAUGAUACAAAAAUUGAAAAUAAAACAAAGAGUAAAAAGUCAAAAGCAAUGGCAAAAACAGGUUCUGAAAAAUAUCAAUGGGAAAUAAUGCGUAGUAUUGGAAUUGAAAGUGAUGAAGAAAUAAAAAAAAUUUACUAA